AUGGCCAGCAACGACCCCUCCUACCGCGCCAGCAAAAACAACGGCGGCACUCAACACUUCGUGCCCCCACCGCAAGCUUACUCGGCGCCCCCACCCGUCAACAACCAACAGCUCGCCCGCUACUAUAAGGACGCGGCAGCAACCAACAACACCAACAACAGCCUCACGCCCUGGGCGCCCGCACCGCCGACAGCGCCGCAGCGCGGCGAUUCCUACAGAUCGGUUCGCUCGCACCGCUCGCAUCGCUCGACCCGCAGUCAGAGGGCGGCAGAAGAGGAGGAGAAGCGCCGCGAGAAGCGGCCGACCAUGGGCGACUCGCUGUUCGCCUUCUGGGGCGUCGUCUGGGAUGCCGUGCGGUCGCCGUCCGGGAAGCGUUAA